CACUUACAUACUAUUCGCUUUAACUAUCUCCUCCUGCCGACGAAUUGGCUUACUGCUUAGUGCCUUGGCACGUUGCCAGACUUCAACAGGUCCUGGUCGCAACCACUAUAUACGUAUACACGUCUUUUACUUGGCUCAACACAUUGAGCCAAGUAGGGCAGCUAACGCCAGUAGGGCAGCUGGUUGCUUUGCACAUCGCACCUUCCAUCACUUAGAGCUCUGGUCAUCCCAAGCUCAAUACAGAUGGAGCAAGCGCAACAGUUACAGCUUUCGGGUUCCCAGGCGUCUUCAAGUUGUGCUAGUGGUUCUACUGAGCCACCGCGAUGGAGCCCUUCCAGCACUAGCGACGCGUCAAGCUGCGCCUGCACACCUGGCGACAACAUAACCAUCGAGCAGGUGAACUACGUACGGAGGCACCUCGAGGCCGGGUUUCAAGCAGAUGACGCUACAAUUGUUCGGUUCAUACGCGCUACUGGCGGCAACCUCUCUUUGUCUAUCAAGCGCCUCAACACAACCCUUGCUUGGCGGGCACAAUUUAAGCCCGAACAAGUCGUCUGCCGUGCCUGCGUACGGGAACCCAGGUCCCACUACAUGCACCUGGUGGGGUACUGCACGCGUGGCCGACCCAUCAUCUACAGCUGCCUGGAGAACGCGCGCAACCGGGUGUUUGAGGACAACCGUGACCACAUGAUCCAGACCUUUGAGUGGGCGAUCAAGUGCAUGCCCCCCGGCGUGGAUCAGUGGAUCUGGGUGUGCGACUUCAAGGGAUUCGGAAUGGCCGACGUCAACCCCAAGCUUGCCAAGCUCUUCCUGGACAUCAGCGCCGAGCACUACCCCGAGCGGCUGGGGCUCUUCCUGGUGGUGGACGCACCUGCGCUGUUUGGGCUGCUGUGGAAGGCCAUCUCGGCGUUUGUGGACCCCAAGACCUACAAGAAGAUUAGGUUCCUGCCGUUUGACGCCGGCAAGCCGGAGAAGCUGGCCAAGAGCUCUCUGAAGGCGGAGAUGGACAUGCACUUUGACACCGUCACCACCACCUGGCUGCUGCGGGAGAUGGCGGAAAACCGCGACAAGGCCAAGGUGGCUCGCAAGGUGUACAACAUGUUCAGCAUGUACGAGCGGGCGAUGGACGGCGAGCUCUGCGACCACGGACACGACGACCACAAGCGCUGCCACCACGGACACCUAACAGCCUCCGUGUCCGCAGCAGCAGCAGCCACGAAGGGUGCACAACAGGUUGGGGCUGAGAGCGGUGUCAACGCCAGCAGCAGCGGCGGGGGUGCGGCUCGCGAGGUGCAUGUGCACGCAACAGCGCCUGGGGUCACCGCCGCAGCUGCAGUGGCGGCGGUGGCGACAGAGCAGCAUAACCUGCUGGGUACGCCGGCGCUGCUGCAUUCGUUCAACACGAGACCGGAGCUGCUGCUGCCGCAGGCGACGGCUACUGCUUGAAAACUGUAGAGGGCUGCUGAGGGGAAGGGAAUAAGGGGUCGGGAUAGGGAUGGGUCGUAUAUAGCUGGUAGGGCUGGAUGGUGCAGGCGGGGGCGGUCGCGGAGACGUUUGCCGAGACGUUAGUAGACGGAAACGUGAGUGAAGUAAGACAAAGCAAGCAAUGCUUCCUCCCUUCGUUUUGUGGCUUGACUGGCAAGGUAUUUUCCAUGUGAGCUGUUUGAGUUCCGUGCAGGCUGCAUGGGGCAGGGGAAGAGAGUAGGGGUUGCUUUAGAGGAUUUGCAUGCUGGAGGGAUGGGCAGGCAACAACAGCACAACACUUACACUCCUAGAGGACUUGGCGACUAGGGUUUCGGUUUCCGGCGACUAGGGAUUCGGCUUCUGGUGAUCAACUUUCUGUCAGCAGCUGCUUGCAAACGCGUUGCACGGUGUGGGCCUGGUCGUCAGUAGCGUGCACUAGCUGCAUGCGUUUUGCCUGUUGUGUUGUCACAGUGCGCUCUGUCGUGCGUUGCUUGGAGUUACUAUAAACAUUUAUAUACUGGUUGGGUUAUGAGUUGGUGGGGCUGUAGUGUCCCCCACCGAAGGGUGGCUUUACCAGCCGCUUGUGAUAAGAUGCGCUUGCAUGGUGGCUCUGGGGGCGUUCGCUUGCGUUACAUGCGGGUAACAGUGCAUCAUGUUGUCGUGAUUUACCUGGUCAUGAGCACAAUGAGUGCAUCUUGCUUGUCUAACGACUUUUAUAGCUUUUGGUUAAAAACAUGAUGGGUUUAUGCUGUAGGGCCCGUGCGGCAAAGCUUCUUGCGUCUCUCCAAAGCGGCCAGUGUGAAGUAUAAUGCUGUGUUUGCCUACGCCUGGCCCGAUUGCCGCUCGGGGGAUGUUAGGGGGAAAUCCCGUCUUAAGGAACAACCCGGCGAUUGCGCGUGUAGGGGGCUGCUUAAUGAGAUUCCUGAGAGUAUUCGGAGCCUGAGGCUCACCUUGUUUUCGUUCGUGCCAUCUGCUGUAUUUUGCGACACCGCGGUGUCCACGCAUGGUAGUAUACGUGCAAAGCCUUGUGUCUUUACUCUUGGCUGUGGACUUCCUUAACUGUUGGUUAUUUUUCCUUCUCACCGCAUACUCCUUACUCUGUGUUUGUAUCCCAACAUCUAUACGAACUGUCACUCUGCGUUAGGACGCAGCCAUCCUUGUAACCUGUACACUG